UAAAAAGGAAGAAACAAGCAAAGUGGUUUUGUUUGUUGGUGUUUUAUUUUGAUAUUUACCGAUUUCCAUGUCCUUUCUUUGACCGUUUUCUCGAUAAAUUGGCCGACAACAUGUGCCGUUUAAUUUCUCAUUCAGGUCGAUAUUCGAACUUGCCAGUGUAAAUACCGUUACAUAUUAGAGAACCAGUUUUUUUUAGGGUUAAACAAGCCAAGUGUGUAGUGAAAACAAUGGGCUAUUUUACAUAAAAUUGGUCAACGAUUUAUAAUUAGCUGGCUAAUUAUUAUGCAGUUUUAAGAUCAAAUUGUAAUGUAAUAAUUUAUUUGUCCUUUAAUAAUGGUUUUGGUUCAAGGUAGCAUAAACUGAAACCUUAAACAAUGUAUAAUACAUAACAAGUAAAUGGCGCAAAUUUCUCAAAUAAAUAAUCACUUUUCCGGUUUAUGCGUAGCGUAAACAAUGACCAAAACAUAAGGUCGAGUUUUGCCGAAAAUGAACGAGGGUUGCCAAAACCAAUGCCAAGCAAUUUUGUUCAAAAACGUCUCAGAAAAUUCGCCUUUAAAUCAUAAUUCGAUUUCCGAAUUUACCCAUAAAAUUUACUCCAAUUACGUGGAAAACGAGGAAAUUUUUUCGGAACACUUAUCGGAAGUGAGCUCUUCAGACGCCAACUGUCAGUCUGCCGAAAGUGAGGUUACUGAUCUGAAAGAGUGGUUGAUUUUGCACAAUGAUUUAAUUUUGCAACAAAAUCAAGAAAUUGUGGAUAAAGACGAUCAAAUUUAUUUAUUGCAAAGAGAAAAUGAAAUGGUAGGUAAUACAAGCUUCAUACAUCAUCAAUUUUACUAGUCAAGUCACAGCCUACUGGCAUGUAAACAAUACAUUACACAGGUUUUUACAUGAUAACAUCAGGCAAGGUUUUUGCAUAUUUAUUUGUUAACCAAUCAGCUCUUGAAAUCAAAAGUAUUUUUCAGCUCAAAGAGCGUCUUCUAUGCCUAGAAAAAGGAAUACCAUAUGAACCAACACAGCAUCUCAAAAUAGAGCUCAAUCCAGAAGGGGAAGACAAUUCAGAGGAUUCACUGUCUGAAGAUAUGACCCAAGAUUCAUGCGGAGAAUACGUGGACAAAAGUAAAGAAAACCUCGACCAAGACACUCAACAAAGUGACAAUGUCGUGACUUGUUCACUCGAAGUAAAUAAUUUUCAAGUGCACCACGCUACUGAUGAUGUUGAAUCUCAAGUCGAUACUACAAUAGAGGAGGACGACUUUAUUGAAGUUGAAGUUGAUCAAUUUGAGGACGGCGAAGAUUAUUUAGUGAACAAUUUAAGUGAAACAGAAAGUGACACAAAAGACUCAUUUCCCGAGUAUAAAUUUACCGUGAACAAUUUUUGUGAGUUUGAGUCUAUGAAAAACAUUAAAAUGAGUAUUAAAAGAAAACGUGUAAGUAGCUUGUCUUCCUUGACUAAUAAUGAACCAUCACUUUUGGAGGAGAAAAAAACUUUGAGGAGAGCCAAGAAAAAAAGAAAACGUUCAUCAAAAGAUCCAGAAAUUUUAAUAGCCAAAGAACCAUAUUAUGUAUAUAACCCCAAUGAAGAAGCUUAUGCAGAUCCAGAACCUGUUACAGAGAUUCCUGAAACUGCUAGUUUAGAAGUUCCUAGAUGGCGUCUUAAACAUUAUACAAGUUGCUACACCAUGGAGGGCACUGAAAACCUUGAUGAUGAAGUAUUUAAUAAAAGACAUAUAAGGCUUGAAAUUGAUGAAAGAAGAAGAAAAAGGUGGGAUGUGCAGCGUAUUAGAGAACAAAGGGUGAUAGAUAAAUUGAAACAGAGACAAGACAGGAUAGGAAAUGGAUCCAAGGGAGAAACUGACCAGGAUUCAUUAGGGUCUUUGUUGCCCAAGGUGGAGGAUGUAAAGUUUCUGGAGGUAGUUGAAGAAUUGCCAGUUUCUAGUUUUGGACAUCCCUUACCAAAAAGUGAACACAAACAUUUCUCUCUACCUUGGCUGGAUAAUCCAUCUGCCAAUACAAGGAGGACGAAUUCCAAGCGUUCUUCAUCAUCUAGGAGACGUAAACGAUUGAGGCACACCAGAUAGGGUGCUUAUUUUAUGUAAACAUCCUAAUUUUGUGAAUUGAAAAAAUGAUUUAUUGUAUUAUAGUUCAAAUCCCAGUGAAAUUAAAAAGCUGUGAAGAUAUUUUUAGUGAUGUACAAAAAGUUUUGGGAGGUGGUCCACAUUUUUUUGCUUUGUUAAAUUUCUCUCUAUAGCUUCUUAUUCAUUUGAACAUUUUUGUGUGGUUUGAUUGUUGUUCUGGUCUUAGCAAAGAAAGGCGUUUCUCAGAAAUUUUUCAAUAUCACUCAUUUAAAAAAAAUGAUCUCCCUGUUUGAAAUCCAUUUAUUUUUUUAAAUAUUUAAACAAAUCAAUUGUAAUUAUAAAAUUUAAUACAGUAAUUAGUGAUUAUAGGGCACCAGUUUUUAUUAUUAGAAAUUAAAACGGUGUCUUUCAUUAUGGAUACUUACUUUAAGAAAAACUGAGAAGUUAUCUGUUUCUGUGAUUUUAUGUAGGUCUUUAAUUUUAAGUCUUAGUGUUUCAUUUGUUGAUUCAACAUACUCAGUGUUUGUAUUUAGGUUAGUUUUUAAGUUGAGCAACCUGUACAUUUAUCGAUAAUUGAGAAAAGUAGUUUUUAGAAGAAAAAAAAAAUGAGCUAUUUGAUUAAAUUUAUUGUUUAUUCUCAAAAAAAUCCCUCAUCUGAAAACUAAUCUAGGCAAAAUAAAAUGCGUCGCAAUACUUUCGGCAAAACCCAUGAAAAUGGGCACAAGGUGAACUAAAACUGAAUCGAUUUUUAUACAGUGGGAUCGAGUCGGGGCACAAGUGGCAAUCUUAGAUUUUUUUGGGUUUAAAUACGCAAGCUGCUAGUAAAAAAAAAUAUCAAUGGAAUGGAAGACGUCUAUUGUCUAUAAAUAACAUAAGUAAGUAAAACACAUUAUGCAUUUUUAAAAUUCUUUUAUUUCAAAUUGCGCAUUAGCUUCCACGUGGCCUCUAUUAAACUUGAUCUUGGUUGACAUCUAGCGGUGAAUUUGGUUGCUCAGCUGUAUUGGUUUUGUAGUUUUCUAUAGUAGUGAGGAGGAAAAAUCCGCCAAAUUGAAGGGAUUUACUGGUUAUGCUGUUAUGGUAAAUCAAAUCUUAUAGCACUUAUAGGAGUGAUGCUAUAUUCUGCUAUAGCUGAUCUAGCAGAAUAUCAAAAUGUAUAGCUGAACCACAGACAAGAGUCUAGUCGUAGGCAAAGCUGGGCUAUUCUUCCACCUCUUUCUAAUUGAAACUCAAUAAUUACUCUAGCAGGAUUGCCAAGAGUAUAAAAUAACCCAUGUAAUGUUAACUACGUAGUUAACUCCUUUUUUUUUAAGUAGGUAGUUGUAUUCUUGGUACUUUUUUUUCCUAGUAAUCAUACUCGAUUAAGUAUUUCAAGUUUCGCAAAAAGUACCUAGUUAAAAUAGUAGCUAACUACUCAGUCGUAACUACUUUAUGUAUUUUAACUACCUACCUUUGAGUAUUCUAAUAACUUUUGUGCAAGUCAACUACUUUAAAAAAAUAUUUAACUACUUUUCUAUAUCACGUGCUGAUGCUAGAAAGUUAGAACAAGUUUUUGAAAAUAGUUCGUGUGAUGCUUCAAGCUUCCAGUAAGCGAGGAGUUUAUCUGAUUAUAGUAAACAGAUGACUCUUCAUCAGGUAAUUGUAGUU